AUGUACCGAGAACUGCAUCAGCGCAAGUUUGCCUCCCUGCAUGAGGAGCUGGACUUUCUGCGCAGGGACUUCGUAGCGUCGCGACGGACGCUGGCGCUGCUGCACGAGGACAACGUCCGUCUCGAGCGCGAACUGAUCUCCCGUGCGCGGGAGGUGGCAGAACUGCACGAAAAAGUCGAGCAAGCCUAUAGAGAAGCAGAUGAAGGUACUCAGCGGCCAACAUCAUCGUCGUUGCGAUCCAGCCGGCAGACCAGCCUCACUUACAGGAACAGGAGUGAUAGCGCACGGCAGCGUCAGCGAGACGCGUACGAUGCACCCGUGUUGGGGGUUGCCACGACUAUUGAGAAGGAGGAGGCGGUGGAGCAGCGCGCUGCAGUGUCCGCGGAUGCCGCCGUUGAAGGCGCCAAUAGCACGAAGGAAGAGACCGAAGAGAAGGACGCGUUCUCGCUGGAGCAUCCAUACAGCACGAGAAAUAUCUCCUCUAGUUCCGCGUUGGCGCGUUCGGCAACUGCACUGUGGUCAAACCCGUCCCGAAAGACGCACACCCCUCUCGCCCUUUACGCCAAAGCCAUGGGAACGAAGAAACUGUCUAACGCAUCUGCCGGCGAGGACGGCGUCGACCUGCAGGAGCUCAUUCGCGAUCUGCGCGCCAACCUCGCGCGGCGCGACACGUCGCUGAACGAGGCGCAGAUGGAGCUCGCUGCGCUGCAGCACGACCAACAAGGUCUCCGCACGGCAGUGUCAGACGCCCAGGCAGAACUGCUACAGGCAAAGCAGCAGCGCGACCAGCUACAACAUGAGGUGACCUCUCUAGAAGAAAAAAAGGGGGCACUCGAAAAAGAACUCGAAACAUGUCGAAGUCAGAUGCAGCAACUGAUGAAGGAAAAGGACAGUCUGCAGAGCCGUCUGACCACCGCAGAGCUUCUCUACGAGCACACCGGUGCAAGAGAUGAAGGAGGCGCCGGCGCGUUCGCGGCAGACGUUGAUGCAGCGCAGGGAGAAGAGGGCGCUUCGUUGUCUCCCCCCUCCUCUUCGGGUCGAUAUUUGAGAGACCAGCUGCAGCUUUAUCGCUCAAAGUGGCAAGCCGCAGAGGACGAGAAUGACCACCUAAACAAGCGUCUCUCACAACUGCAGCGACAACUCGUCAGCCGAGGCAUCGACACCGCAGCUGCCACGACCUCUGAUUUGGCAAGUCCUGCAACAGCAGCAGAAGGCACUAUGAACGACCCAACUUGUCUCGAAGUCGCCGCGCAGCAACGUGCAGAACACGGUUUAGAGCUCGAGGUGCUCCGGCGACAGCAUCAAGAGCAGUUGCAGCUGCACGCAGAGGAAAUACAGCGUCUGCAGCGUCGACUGGACCGGGCACAGGAAAACGCAUCCUUUCACGAGGAUCAGCUCCGCCAGCAGCGUCAGGACGACACCCGCCAGCACCGCAGUGAAGUGCAGGUGCUGCAGACGCAGCUGCGAACGGCGCAAGGAGAGCUUGUGAAGGCGCAGCAGGAUCGUGAGCAUUUGGCGCGACAGCUGCGCCGCUCGACAGAGCAGGAGACGACGUUGGAGGUGCUGCGUGGUCAGGUCAACCAACUCAAGCAGCGCCUGGGUGAAGUCGGCGCGGAGCUCGCACAGGUGCGGGGAAGAGAAAAAGAAAUGAGUCUGAACAUUCAGCGCGAGCGCAUGGCUCGAGCCAAGGCCGAGCACGACGUCGAGACCACGCAAGACGCCCUCACACGAGAGCAAAAGGAAGCGCACUACCUUCAGGAGGAGGUAAAGCUGCUGCGGGAACAGCUAGGCGUGGAAGAGGCCUCCGUUACACCCCACGAAGGCACACACAGAGUGUCGAGCCCUUUCGCGGCCGACGCGGUGGGCGAGAGCGCGCGUCGGCCUUACGUGAAAGCCAGCGUCGACGGCGGUGAUGCAGCGGCGCUGGCGUCAGAGCUGAAGGGCUACGUGAGUUUAAUGCGCGUCAACACUUCCCUGCAGCGUCGCAUCGAGGAGCUGGAGUCACAGGUGGCCACGCGGACGUCCCAGCCACAGGGUGAACCGCCAAAGAGUGCACCUUCACCUGCUCCCCCUGCUGUGCUUGCAUCCACCACGGUCGAGCUGGAGCAGCGGAGUGAAAUUGUGCGACUGAAUGCAGCGCUGGCGACGGCGCUGCAAAGUCAGCGUGAGCUGCUGUCCAGCUGCGCAGAAACGGAGAAGGACCGGCGGUUGCUGGCGGAGGACAACGUCACCCUCGCCAGCGGUGUCGAGCUGCUAGAGAAGCAGCUGCGGAAACUGCGAGCAGCGGUGGUGGCCGACCGAGCACACAGUCGUCGCCGUGAGACGUCGGAACAGAGGAAGCGACACCUCUCCAAGCAGCACUCCACAGACGACAAGGGAAAAGAGAAGAAAGCACCGGCACAACAACACGCGGAUUUGCCUGUGUCGCCCUGGUACACUCUUCCAUCGCCUACGGAAGAAAGUCGUCUUCGGCAGCGCUUGCAGGCCGCGCGGGCGCAAGAUCAGAUCGUGCUGCACGAUGCGUUGCUCAAGACGCACCCCGCUCCCUCGCCGUCGCGCCCUCUUGGCGUUCACUCGCAUCGAAUUGCGAGCGACAUGCGCCUGCACAACUUGUGUUGCCGUUGGUGCCACCCUUCUACCACUUCACCACAGCCUGGAUUCUGCUGUCAGCCGCACGACGUGGACCCACCGCCCUCUUCGAUCCCGUCUCUCACCGGAUCCUGCUGUCACACGGCAGAACGCGCUCACGAUGGCGCUUCUCCUGCGUCUCUCUCUGCGAAGGAGGCGACAACGACCUCUUCUGCUCCUUCUGGUCCGAAAGACACACACGCAACAACAGGGAAUGCCGCAGCAACUCUAACAGCCCUUGCCGUCGUAUCGGUAUCCGGUCCAGCCUCAGCAGCUCAGCCGCCGUGCGCCGCACCGUCGACGCCCCCGCACAGCCCCCGCCGCCAGAUUCACGGCAGUGUGCUUCCGCCCGUCUAUUACCCCCCUCUCGUUCUAAAAGGUCCUGCCUGA